ACGAUCUAAAGAUUGUAAACUCGAGUCACACCACUCAAGUAUUUUUUUAAGACAUUCGUAAUAGACAUGCGAUCGAAUGAGUAACAUACAAUCCGAAUCACAAUCUUGGUAUGGUAAUAUCUAUGUACGUAGUAUGUUUAGCAGCGAUAAACCUAAAUACUCUUUGACAAUUUUAGUCUAAGUGAACUUUAUUUUUCUUUAUCGAAAGUUGAAAAGUGUAUUUCUAUAACUCGAGUACAAACAAGUUGAAUGACAUCAUCACAAUACUAUAGAGCCAACACUACUAUAAAAACAACUAAAAGCAAGGGAGGUAUUACGGGGGGAUUAAAAUUGAAAUUAAAAUAAAAUUUGUUCCUUUUCUUUUUACUACUACUAUAUAAGUAAUAACUACCCUACAGAUGGUUUGAUAAUCAAACUAAAAAUGUUAAACGAAGACCAGAUUCGUGUUAUGAUACAAUUUAUGGAACGUCAUGGUGACUUACGACGUUCUGGCGAUAUCAAUAAUCGUCUGCGGAUAAAGAAAAAGUGGCUGGAACUGGUCACGAUUCUCAAUAAAAUAGGAGAAGCUAAGACUUUACGGCAGUGGAGCAAAGUUUGGAGUGACACAAAAUAUAACACUAUAAAGAAAUACAAAAAUAGCUUGAGGGGCGGACCAGAGUUGACUGAAAAUGAUAAGGUUAUUAUGGAAAUCCUCAAAAGUUCACAGGGACAGUAUGGAAAUCCAAUAACAAGUUAUGACGAUCAAAAUGCAUCACUAGAGAUAACAAUCCCAAAUAUUAACAUUUCUUGUGACAAACCUAUAAAAGAAGAAGUGAGAGAAAGAGAAGAGAAGAGAGAUCUUGAAACUUCCAACCAAGAAGAGCCUAGAACAGAACAGAUGUUCUAUAUUGUACAUAAAGAUGAAAAAAGAAGACACUCGGUGUCCUCAUCUGCUAGCUCCUCAAAAUCUUUCACAGAUGAUAAAACAAGAGAAAGAACAGAGAAAUCAAGAAGAAGUAGCAUGGAUAGUGUUGAUAAAUUAAGUGAACUGGCAGAUAAGUUUUAUGAAUUGGAGAGAGAGAGGGAGAGGUUAGCUCAUGAGAGGGAAAUGGCUAGAAUACAGCAGCACAGAGAGUUUCUCACUGUCAUGUCCAGAUUGGUAACUGUAGUGGAGUCCUUGGCGCCAAGCAUAAAGAUGUAUAUGGACAGAAAUUUAAAUGGAGGCGGAUGAUUACUUACUGCUGUAAAUAUUUUGUAUUGAUUGGUACAAAACUAGAUUUUUGUCAAAAAUAAAUGUUUUUUGGUAUUCAACAUUGGUUCUUAGAAUCGGGAACUAUUUAUUAGUUGUCAUAUAUUUAAUCAACUUUAGAAUCUUUUCACUAAUGAAAGAGACAAAAUAAAAAUGAAGCUCAGUGGACUGUCCCGGAUAGACAGGACCAAGGGUUCAUUCGCGUUCCUUUUCAAAAAACAUUCAUCUCAAUAUUGUUUUCAAAAUUAGUACAAGCAAGCGACGAAAAUUAUGAAAUAGAUAAAUAUUAACAUUUGUUAUGUAUUUUUAAAUAAACAAAUAUGUACAUUUAAAUGAAUUGAUUAUUAAUAAUAAAACGUAACUUUAAGUAUGA